AUGGCCUCCAAAAUCGCUUUCAGUCCACCAAGUAUGAGCAUCCGAACGGAAAGAAUUGACGCAUGGUUUGGCCUCGCCGGCAGUUGCAUGUCAGACUCUGGCUGGGAAGUGGCUGCUCGAACCAAGAACAAAGCCGCGCUGUCUCAUCGUUCCAGCCCGUGGGGGGGGCAUCUGCUGAAGUUCGAGUUCUUCAACCUCUUCAUCGAGAAUGCCCCUCCCAAUCCCAGUGACUUGUUGGUGAGACCUGAAGUGCGAGGCACCUUCGAUGACAGUUGGCCCUCCAUCCGGGUGAAGUGGGAGGAGACCUAUGCGCCCGGCGACGCCUUGGUGCAACGCUCCUCCACGCUGUGGAUCUUCCGCCUCGCCUCGGUGCUCUUCGGGCACUCCAGCGGCCCCUCCGAGAACAGCUUUUUUUACGACCCGAAGCCCAUCCCAGCGCGGCAUCAACUCCGAAGAGACUUCCCGGAGCCGAAAGACUGCUCCUAUGCAGCUUUCCAGGACUACCAUGGGGUUGGACAGGAAGGCAUUCUGAUCGCUCGCAACUUGGGGCAGCAAAACCGCUUUCGGGUGGUCUUGGUCUUCAGCACGCCUGAAGACAAAUGGCCGUAUUGGGCGGCGCCGUUCUUCCACUGGCUCACAGACACGCUCCACAAGGCAGCCCUGAGGUUCUUGAACCGUCCUUUGGUCCAACAGAUGCGUGCGAUCGACGCGAACCUCUACAUGGUGCUUGGGAUGCGAAGCUUCAAUCGUGGACCGCCGCUGCUUCCCGAGAAAGAGGACUCGUCCGAGAGCAUCAGCAUCAGCAACAAGAGUGGCGAUGUCACCCACUGGACGCGUUUGAAGAGGAAGUUCCGCAUGACGGAGUACUUGCACUCCUUCAUGGCGGCUUUGGGAUAUGACUUGAAGACCUAUCAGAGCCUUGAGGGCCGCACCUUAGUGAACUACCAAUGUGUGGUGCUGCGAAAGGACUGGGAGACCCACAGGGCUGCCUUCGUGGAAGCCUUCAGUCUGCAAAAGGCCGCCUAUCGAAGGGCGAACGGUGGCACUACAGCACCCAGCUUGGUGGAAGACGCGCGGGCCAAUUUCAUUUCGGAAGGUAGCAACGCGUCCGACUCGCCCAGUCCGAUGAUCGUGAAGACGGUGGUGCGCAAGACCUUUCUGGAGCUGGAGGAGGAGGAGCUGGAGAAAUUUUCGGAGAUCCCUCUGCGGCGGAGCAAGAGCGACUCCUUUGGUGAUGGCUGGACCUCGAUCCUAAGUGAGGGGCUCCAAAAGUGA